AGUUGGUACGUCCAGCAGGCAGAAAGAAGCUUCCGUUUAUUUGUUGUGAAUUCGUCAUCGUAGAGGCAAGAAUAUAAAAAUUAAAUUAAAUCGUAAAGAGCAAUUUAACGUAAAAUACAACAAGAUUCAUUAUUUAUAGGACAUUCAAGUAUACAUAUGUUUACAUACAUAUCUGCUAUAUGCUCUUUCAUUCUGCCCUACAGCCACUGUGUGUUCUCAGACAGUGCGCGUGUUUGAUAAACUUGUGUGCGUUCCUUGUCUUUCUUUAAAAAGUAUUGACCUAAUUUUCGUUUAACUAACAUUCCAGUGAUUGUUUUAGUUUUUUGGCUACUAUUGACAUUCAUAUGUAGUAACGGCGCCAAUUUUUGUGACUCAAAGUGAAAUUGUUUGCUACUUGACUUUUGUUUAACAUCAGUUUCGUUUUAUUGCACUUUCGCACUUUCGCUGGCAACGUUCACUCUGGCAUUGAAAGCAUCUUUCCAGUGGUCAGUGCCACUAGUGACCAAAAUUUAAAAGGUGUUAAUUGCCUUAACUAUAGAAUUUCUUUAAAAAAAAUUGAUACUUUUGCUUUCUGAAAAGUGAAAAUAAUUGUAUAAACAAAAAUGUUUAAGCUUGGUUUGAUGGCGAUUUUGACAGUGAUCAGCUGGAUUUCGGUGAACGCGCAGGAUGAUGUGCAACCUUAUUACCUGCAACAGUGUCCGCGCGAUGAAGAAUAUGUCAACGAAUGCCUGCGUGACAGUGGCAAUAAAUUGGUGCAUUAUCUGCGGCAGGGUAUACCUGAAUUGGAUAUUUACGAGAUUGAACCAGUUGUCAUCGAUGAGAUUGGCAUUGUGUUGGGCAGUGGACCGGACGGUUAUCGUGCCCUAUUCCGUAGUAUACAAGCGUAUGGUGUUAGCAACAUAACUGUAACAAAUGUGCGUUCCGAUUUGGAGACUUUGCAAUUUCAGUUGACUUGCGAAAUUCCACAUAUUAAAGUUCGUGCUCAGUAUCGCUCUACGGGUGUAUUAAUCUUAGUGAAAGCCUCUGGUGCUGGUGAUUAUUGGGGCGAAUAUGAUGGCGUCAAGGCGAAAAUCUACUUCAAAGCAACUCCGAAUGUGGCUGACGAUGGGCGUACUUAUCUUACAGCCGAACAGGUCAAAAUGGAUUUCAAUGUUAAAGAAAUUAAAAUGGGCGUAGAUAAUAUUGCCAAUGGCAAUUCAGUGAUACAGGCCGCCUUGAAUCUCUUCAUUAACUCCAAUGCACAGGAGUUGCUUAAGGAAAUGAAGCCAGCGCUACGGACCAAGCUCACACUGGUCAUACGCAACUUCAUGGAUCGGAUUUUCGCGAAAAUACCGUUGGAUCAGUGGAUUAAUUUGAAUUAGUAAAUGCGUAUUUCAGCCGUCAGCAGGGCAGAUGAAAGCAGUUUUGGUGCAGCAACUGCGUUGAAGCCCAACGCAAGUGCAGUUGAAUUGAGUUGAAAUCGAACACUUAGCAGUUAAUUAGUUUAGCUGUAAUUUUAUGUAUAAUUAGUAGUUAGUAUUUAUUUUAAAAACCAAGUGUUGAAAAGUAUGAGUAGAUAAUCAGUUACGAGCUAAAAUUAAGAUGAAAAAAAUUGCUCCUUCUUAAAAUUUACAUAUUUUAUUCACAGUACAAGCACGAUUACAAGUAAAUGACAAUUCUUAAAAUAAAAUUAAAUUAAAUAUUUUGACCACAAGUAACUAUAUUAUAUAGUAAGAUUACCUACAAAGUACUGGUAAUUAUUGGAAAAAAGUGCGUGUUUAGGUGAAAACUGUUAUUUUACGGUAAAGCACCGUACUUUUUCAAGAAUUUUCCCAAGUCGAGAAAAAAUUUUUACUUAGAAUUCGCCGCUUUGUGAGAUAAAAUAGAAAUUAAAAUUUCUUGAAUUUUCAAAGUAGCUGGUAUGUACCAAUAAUCACUUGAGGUUUGUAAACUCGAUAAGAAAUGUUCAUUUGUA